UUAUGUUAUGUUAAUUCAUUUAUGCUCUUAUUUGAUGUGGAGUAUUUGUUUCUAGAUAAUAUGUUAAUAGUGGGCUUUCUUUGCACGGCACGUCGUGCCCUCUCUGUUGACUAUCUUCCUAAUGGAAGAUAGGGUUCACUUAGGCGUUGUACAUGUUCGUCUUUAAUGAUGGUUGAACACUUCCAAGAUGAUAAACCUGCCCCACAUAAAGAUAACUACAGUGAUAGCUGAUCAGCCCAACUAUGAGCACAAUAUUAAUGGUGUUAUAUUUGCCUCAUCAUCUACUACUACACGGCUGAUCUAUCGCCUGUAGAAUCCACACCAGUCAAUGGCGUGUAACUACAUGAAGAGAUCCCAGCCAAACCAGUCAAAGGCAUGGAACUAUAGGAAGAUAUCCCAGCAAAACCAGUCAAAGGCAUGUAACUAUAGGAAGAGAUCCCAGUCAAAGGCGAAAGGAAAAAAUCCCAGCACACCAGUCAGGCGCGUAACCGGGCAGGCAGGAACACGCGACGUGGACGCGCCCUGGGCCGUGACGUCACUGCAGCGUUCUGCAGCGCUGCUUCCGGGUCUCUGCUUCCGGGUGGGUGGGCGCUGCCGGGAACUGUUGCCUGGCUGAGAUGUUGUGAUCCUCAUUCUCGGAGUCAAGGAAUGAGACGACUCAGAUUGAAUCAGGACUGGAUCGGCCGGAUCAGACUCGCCCUCACCAUUGUCGGGUUGCCGUACGCGGUGUGCAAACCAGAAACCAGACUCUCUUCUUCCUCUCCUCUGUCAAUCAUCCACAGCCAAUCGGCCGCAGGCUGGGUUCAUAACCCCUACACAAACACGUUGAGGAUGACGUCAUCUACUGUAGCACCACCCCCCCAUCUCAAGUCCAGGUGCCAACCGUACCCCGGGUCGCAAAUCAAGCGCUUCCCAGUGCCGGAUGACAAGGUGGACUGGAGCAAGGUGUGGCCGCAGUACCUCCCGGUGCAGCACACUGACCCCAACGUGGCCAGCAGACCCACCUGGGCCGACCCGGACCUGGGGUCCAAAGCAUUCUCUCCUCGGUUCAACUGCGUGGACGGGGCCGUGGACCGCACCAGCUUCCUGGGGGACUACAAGCUGCUGCAGAACCUGCCCCUGAACCCCCGGGGACGCACGGGUCUGGCCGGCCGCGGGCUGCUGGGCCGCUGGGGGCCCAACCACGCCGCGGACCCCAUCGUCACGCGGUGGAAGGUGGACGCCAAGGGGCAGAAGGUCUCCCACCCAGCGUCCAAACGGCCCGUCCUGCAGUUCAUCUCCAUCAAGAGGAAGGACUGUGGGGAGUGGGCUAUACCAGGGGGCAUGGUGGACCCCGGGGAGAUGGUGACGCUCACCCUGCAGAGGGAGUUCUCUGAGGAGGCCCUGAACUCCCUGGCCCUCCCCGCGGCCGAGCGGGCCCAGACCCACCAACGCAUCAACCGGCUCUUCAAGGAUCCGGGCCUCCAGGUGUAUCGCGGCUACGUGGACGACCCCCGGAACACGGACAACGCGUGGAUGGAGACGGUCGCCGUCAACUUCCACGACGAGACAGGCAACAGCGUGAGCGAGCUGCCGCUGCAGGCGGGGGACGACGCCGGUCAGGUCACAUGGGUGGACCUGGACUCCGCCUUCCCGCUCUACGCCAGCCACUCCCACUUCCUGGAGACGGUCGCCAAGGAGAGAGGUGCACACUGGUAACCACGGGGACGAAACAGAGGGCGGCCGGAGAGAUGAAGGAACGACUGAAGACAAUGAAGGAACCGUAUCGCACUGCAGGCUCAAUGAGCACCGUCCCCGUGUUAGCCCUCACACCGUGUUAGCCCCCACCCCGUGUUAGCACUCACCCCGUGUUAGCACCGACCACGUGUUAGCACCGACCACGUGUUAGCCCUAACCCCCCUGUUAGCAUCGACCCCGUGUUAGCACCGACCCCGUGUUAGCACCAGCCCUGUGUUAGCAGCGACCCCGUGUUAGCAUCGACCCCGUGUUAGCACUGACCCCGUGUUAGCACUGACCCCGUGUUAGCACUCGGUGUGGGACCUCAUUGGGCCUCCAGUAUGCCUCUAUAUUUAUUCCACCCUCUCCACUCUCCUCCUCGGAGGCUCAGGGUGAAGGACUUCAUGCCCGCUUGUGAUCGCUACUGAGUGAACCUGAAUGCUACGCCUGUGUGCAUAUAACACAAUAACACAUUAUACAAAUGAGUAGCACUAACCUAACCCAAAACCCGAAUCAAACAUUACAUAACUGCAGUGGCUGAGUCCACUGCUAAACGCAGUGAGCCGACUGCUGAACGCAGUGAGCUGACUGCUAAACGCAGUGAGCCGACUCCUGAAUGCAGUGAGCCGACUGCUGAAUGCAGUGAGCUGACUGCAUUUAGCAGCACAUACUUCCAGCCCCCUCUCGCCUCUCGCCUCUCGCCGCCUCGCGUCUCACCGUCGUGUGGUUAGGAUACUUUGUGAAGACCGUCCCUCUGUGAUCAGUGAGCAUGGUGCCUCCACACACUAGACAGGCCUCCUGUUGGGGACUGCGCUGUCCUUUUGGGUGGGAGCCGUCUGGACUUCGUCUUUCGUCUUCCAAACAGAUCACAUCCCACUGUCCCAGACCCGAUAAACCACAGAUUAUAAUGACUUUAGGAUGGUUACAUAUUUGAUAAAUACAUUUUUAUUUGAAGCUCCCCUAAUUGUGUGUGGACUGCAUGCUUGUGUCUGCGUGCUGCUUGUGUAGUAGACUUGUGUGUUUGCUGUAUGGUUCCUGGACUGCGAUUACGCACCCCCUGUUCCCCGACAUCCCAAUUGCGGGCGGUGUCGGCUUUCGUAUCGAUCUGAGGUAGCGAGGUUUGGCUCGGGUUCUCUGGUCUGAUGAAGGAUGACUUCACCACACGGCUGCGCCAUGCACAUUAAGGAACAGGGUCAAUCCGGUUUUCAUCUGUUCAUGGAGUACUAACGCACUUUUAUAUUGAGUCUCAAUGUUUUGCAACCAAAAAUAAGAAUGAAUAAAAAUGUUGAAUCAA